AUGGAUGGAUGGCAGGCGGGUCACAUCCUCAUGCAUAGAUACAAGCGACUACAGUCAUCUCUACGAUUGUUAGACCGCAUAAAAGAGUCGUUCAGGCAGCCGUUGGAUGCUGAAGCAACAACAUUGGCCAAUGACUACAUAAGCACAACAACAACAGAAGAAGAUAAUGAUGAAGAAGACAUCCAAACAGAUACAAACACUGAGACAGUUACUGAUGAUGCUAAUAGCGAGGAGACUCGUUAUGAGGAUGGCAACUACUUCAAUCGUCGCAAGUGUCAGAUGCUUGAUGAUUGGGGGCCAAUAGGUCUCAACUGUACCGACGAGGACAUUGUCACAGAACGUGUCGAAGUGGUUGGUUUCUUGGCAAAUUGGCUGAACACCUAUCUCUAUAUUCGAAUUCAGUUAAGGCUUUCAUGUGUAACUAAUCGAAGUUUUUGUUCUCGCACACAACCUCACAAAACUUUGGUGGCAGCAACAUCAACCGUACUUUAUACCACAGCCAUGUCACAUUUCCAAACACUGCAGACGAUGCUAAAAAAAUACAACGGGAAGCGAAGAAAAGCGCAGGCAGCGUCUCAGCGCUCUUGGGACUCGCUGUCAUCAGCACAACACAAGAGGGGAUUGUGGGAAAGUGUGGGGGAAGUGGAGAAUGCCCCCCCUUCGUGGUCUAUGACCGAGAACAUACUCUGAGUUGCAUGUGCGGCACGUUGCAUGCACCUCUUUGCUUACCACACAUGUUAAACUUUUUGAUUUCGCUUCGGUCAUAUACAAAGUCGCCCGAUUAAAACUUUCGUCUCAGAUGCCACGCAAAUGGCAAGUGCAGACAACCCCGACCUGACGAACAAUCCAAACAGAGACUGGAGUCUCAACUCUUGACUGCAGUCAGCAGACAGAAGACUGCAGCCAAGUGUAAAACCCAUCAUGAUGCUUUGCGAGACUUACACUAACUGCUCGACUCGCUCGUAGAUUGCUAUUAGAAAAUUAGGAGAAAGA